UUUCUUCUUUUUGAUCAACCGGAAAAUACUCGCCGGAAAUAUCGGCCGACACCUAACAAUUUCUCCGAUUCCGACGCGCCAAUUCGAAACAUCCAACGACUAGCUAAAAAAGCUUAUUUUUGACUUUAGUUUAGUUUGGGAUUUUGACUAAGUUUAUUGAUUGAUUUUUGUCUGCUCUGUUUAGAGAUGCCGCCAGCUGCCGCCGUUGUUGGACACCACCGUGUAGUACCGUUAGGUUCUAUGGUUAAGCCGGCGGCCUCCACUCCGCCACCUCCGACCAUGGUGUCGGAGACAUUUGCUAAGGACUCAAUAUUAGCGUGGUUCAGGGGGGAGUUUGCUGCUGCAAAUGCGAUUAUAGAUGCGCUUUGCAACCAUAUAACUCAGCUUGAAGGCGGGAGAUCGGAGUAUGAAUCGGUAUUUGCAGCCAUCCACCGCCGGAGGCUGAAUUGGAUCCCAAUUCUUCAGAUGCAAAAGUACUGUUCCAUUGCCGAGGUUACUCUCGAUCUACGGAAAGUAGCUGAGAGAAAGAUCAAAGAGAGAGAGGAGUUUACAGUCUCGAAACAGUGCGAUAUAGAAGUGAACGAGGCAACCACUCGUUCCGAAAAUGGAGGAAGCCAAAUGGUGAAUGGAGAUGAUUCUCCUGAAAGUGACAUCACUGAUACAGGACCCUUAAUACAACCGUUGCUACAAAGUGUUGAAUUCUGCUCAAACCAUGAGAACUGUGAGACAAGGCAUGCCCACAUCAAGAUGACAAAGGGGUUUGUGUCGAAAGAGCCAGUCAAAGGGCAUAUGGUGAAUGUAGUACGAGGUCUGAAGUUAUUCGAAGACAUAUUUACUCCAAAUGAAAUCUCUAAGCUAAAUGAUUUAUUGAACGAACUUCGUGCUGCUGGCCAGAAUGGUGCUCUCUCAGGUGAAACUUUUAUUUUAUUCAACCAGCAAGUGAAGGGCAACAAAAGAGAGAUGAUUCAGCUUGGGACCCCAAUUUUCGGACAUAUAAAAGAGGAGGCCAUGCGUCAAAAGUGUAACAUUGAACCCAUCCCAGCUCUUCUACAAGGUGUCAUAGACCACCUGAUUCAGUGGAAUCUAAUAUCAGAAAGUGGAAGGCCUAACAGCUGCGUCAUCAACUACUUUGAUGAGGGGGAGUAUUCACAGCCUUUCAUGAAACCACCACAUUUGGACCAGCCGGUGUCUACCCUUCUCCUCUCUGAAUCAAUGAUGGCAUUCGGUAGAGCGCUUGUGAGUGACAGUGAUGGGAACUACAAAGGAUCAUUCAUGCUUUCUCUUAAACAAGGGUCUCUUUUAGUCAUGAGAGGAAACAGUGCUGAUAUGGCCAGACAUGCACUGUGCUCAUCAGCUAGCAAAAGAGUUGCGAUUACAUUCUUCAAAGUAAGAACAGAGAUGAAUAGCUUCGUCCCAGAUCAAAUCCCUCCUCUGACUAAAGCAAUGACCUUAUGGCAACCUGGUAUCCCAACACGCUAUUCAACUGCAAAUGGAGCAGCUAAUGGUUAUAAGAUAACGGAUGUGAUGCCUAAAUGGGGUUUCCUUCGAGCUCCAGAAGUUAUGCUAGCUCCUGUGCGUCCGAUGGUUCUAAGCCCUCAAAGGAUUCCAACUGGGGGUACUGGUGUCUUUCUUCCAUUAUCAAGAAAACCUGCAAAACAUAUUCCACCACGUGCCCAGAAAAGGCGGUUUCUUGAGCUACCUUCCCCUUGUGACUCGCCUAAAUCAGAGAGCAGUUCAGAAGUAAGUAUGGCAGUUUAGACAGAGUAUGAUCAGGGACACUCCCUAAAACACCAUUAGUGCUGCAUUCAAGAGUUGUCUAACAUCCCUUGUGUCUUGCGUCUUCUCUACCAUGAUGAUCUCUGUUGCUAAGUAUGGAUCUUCUGUGUUUUUUUAUUUCCUUCAAAGAUUUUCCAUCUUUACUUGGUGUUGGUUGAUAUACCUUUUACUUAUGCUAACCAUGAGAGGCUUUAGAUGUUUUGAGCUUAGUCAAUUGAGUGUAUUAUCCUUUACAGAAUGCUGAAUUUUCCAUUGAGUUUUUCCUUUUUCUAUCAAUCUCUUCAAGGACAGUAGAGGUUGAUUCCAAUGUAAUUAUAUCCUGUUUCUUUUCUAAAGUACUAAUGUUUUUUAUAUUUA